UGCUGGUGAUGCAGGGACUUUUGCGAUUCGUCCAUACUCAUGAGUAACACGAUGUGGUUGAAACGCGUUGUUUUCUGUCGUGGCUCCGGUGAUCGUGACCAAGCUUCCUUCACGGCAUGAGGCCGCGCUCAUCGUUUCACCGUUGCGGCCUCCUAAGCUCGCAACCGAAAGCCAUGAUAUUUCCUAGCUCUCAAAGUCAUCGACCUCACCUCCCAUUGCAGUCCAAUUUUAUUGUUGCGCAAGGCGCACUGUGGCGAUGGCUCCACCGCCAUGGAACCCUGAGGCGAGCCUAGUUUCCCCAAGGGGCUCGCCUAGUUGCGCUUUGCCCAUAAGGCAGUGGCUUAAAGGCAAUGCAAAGGCGCGCCUUGGAGACUAUAGAGCAUCAUUACGUGGCUUAGGAUUUGAUUAUUGUUGGCUACUUUCAUACAAACAAGAGGUUCGACAAUGUGGAGCUCUCUGGCUUUUUCCCUCAGGCGCCAAUUCCCUAGGCGAAGCUCUUAUACUCUUCUUUUUGUCAAAGCAGUUUAUUGAUUCACUAGGUAUGACCAUCUUACGUUGCACAUUUAUGUUGUUUUGUAGUUUAAUAGCAAAAAGCUUGAAGCCUUAUCAAAGGGUAAAGAUAGAAACCCUGAGAUGCAGGAAAUAUAUGGGGAACAUCUGGACAAUUCGAAUGUGGCAUUGUAUUCGGAGUGGAAGUAGCUUUGGGUUAUGAAGAGAUUUGUUCAGAUUCUUCUGGGAACAGAGUGUUUAUUAGGAGAAAUAAUGGAUACAUGAAACUUAUCAAGCCUUUCACCAUGGAAAACAUAUUAAUGUCUCGGUUAUGUAGAGAGAAAAUGUACAUGGAGGAAAAUAUGUUUAGCCCCUUUCCAUCACAUUGUAAUUCAUUUUCGAGGCCAUUGGUUUUACUGAUGGUACAAAGGAUUUUAUAAGAACUAUGGAGAUUUUAUUAGCCGAGCUCAGAGUUGUAGAAUUCCUUAGCUAAGGAAGUUGGAAGAUCUAGGUCUUCAUGUUAAGAGAAUAAUGGGAUUGGUACACACAUCUCGCUAUCUUUUUACUAACGUAAAAUUUGUUUAUUA